UUGUUUCAAAAACACCAGGUCGCGACAACGCGACUGCCGCUGCCGACAUACUCACCGCGCGCCGUACUGAUGUAUAGCGCAGCGGUGGGAGGAGAAGGUGUCGCUCUACAACUCCGAGAGGCGACACCUUCAGAAAUAGAUGAACGGCUCGCCAUAGCCUGUCACGAGCCUGAGCUACUGGCUGACCUGCUUCACGCUGCUGAUAUAGACGGUGAGCAUGCAGGUCUCACGGAACUCCUUGGUGCAUCGUCUCCAGAUCUGGCUUUCUCUUCUGACGCAUCAGAUAGUCUGCCGCUACCAGAACACGAUAAUGAAUGCACGACAUCAUCAUCGUCAAGUGUGAGCGGCAUCACGAGGGUGUCUGUAGCGGUGACCGGAAUAGAGUCAAAGACUUUGGCCAAAAAAGUCCGACCCAAACCAGCAUCACCGAACCGCCAGGGUCCGCAGCAAUGUCAAGUUUGCAACAAAGUCUUCGGCAACGCGUCUGCUUUAGCGAAGCAUAAGCUGACGCAUAGCGAUGAGAGGAAAUAUGUAUGCAUCACUUGCGCAAAAGCUUUUAAAAGGCAAGACCAUCUGAACGGGCACAUGCUAACACAUCGCAACAAGAAGCCAUAUGAAUGUAAGGCGGAUGGGUGUGGAAAAUCCUACUGCGACGCUCGGUCUCUUCGACGUCAUACAGAAAAUCAUCACCAGCCUCCUUCUGAUAAGAGCACCUCAUCAGAAUCUAGUGUGGAUCGGGAGACGGCGCGAGUGACGUCACCCACUUCGCCCUCUCGCACUAACUCUCUGACUUCUAAUAUGAACGGUUCGGAGAAAUCUCGCAACGACAGCAGCCCGCCUCACACACCGCCGCCGAGAUCACGGAAUAAACCGAAAGCUAAAACUACGCAACAGAGCAGCCCGAAAUGCGGUGGCAGCAGUGUGAGCCGUUCAAGUGCGACUGGCAGUUCUGGACUGAUACGAACAACAGAUGUCAAGCCCGUCGAGUGUAAUUUAUGUCACCGCAGAUUUAAAAACAUCCCAGCCCUCAAUGGUCACAUGCGACUACAUGGUGGAUACUUCAAAAAGGAUUCAGAUAACAAGAAGUUAGACAAGAAAGAAUCAACUGGUCCUCCAUUACAAACUGCUUCUGUAUCUGUCAGAGCUCUGAUCGAAGAGAAGAUCAUAAGUCGUCGAGGUGCUAUCGUGUCACAAGCACCAACGUCAGGUACAACAACCGACACAAUAUCUCGAUCGGGGUUUAUUGUUCCAGCGCCACCACCUCUAUCAACUAUUAAAACUUAUUCAUCACCAGUAACAACGGUUACAACUUCAGCCCCAUUUGUUUCCCCACGUGCACCGCCAGCCGUGCCAGUAUCAAAUACAACUACAUUAAAUAGAGAUUCAACGCUCAUUGAACUUUUAAGAAAAGGAAGUUCAAAGGUUGUCAAGCGCUCCGCGUCUGAUCCUGGCCAGGCGUCACCACAACAACAAGACUUUACCUUCCGACCUGAAUUAUUUGGCGUAUCGUUUAACUCAGACGAUGGUUAUUUUUCACCUGCUUUAAAUGACGAUACCUUCCAAUUUGCAACAGCUUCCGAUCAUUUAGAAGAACUUGCGUCUCUUGAAGACUAUGCAACUGUUGCUGCCUCUAUACGAGAGCGGUCACCCGUAACUUUCCCGUCCAGUCGUCGUUUAGCUGCAGUUCUAAAUUCUCCCCUACCAGAAUCUUUAGCUGAUUUUGGAGCUUGUCAUGGAGGGUCACCUGUGCCAUCUCCUGGUAUCGCAUAUGCUGAUAGUUCACCAGGAUUAUCUUAUACAACUGGAGAUUCCCCAGGAUUGGCUUACACAGCCACAUCUCCUAGCGGUAGUUAUUCCAAUCAACCGGAACCUUCACCGAGUUUCGCUUAUCCAACGCCUCCAGCAUCUCACGAUGCCCAUUCGCCAGCGCACACAGUCCCGAGAGCCUCGUCACCACUAUCAGCUGCAUUUUUUACGGCUACUAUGUCCAGUCAAGAAGAGGUGGAAGAGGCCCUUGAAGAGGUUUUACCCGAAGAAUGCCGAUCUUUAGAUGCUUAUGCAUUGGAAUCUUCAACAACUACUAGACGAAUUAUGCUAAAUUCCGAAGAUCCCCUUUUAUCCAGUAGUCCUCGUGAUUUCCCAAAUCAAAGGAGUAUUCGUCGCCAGCAUAGAGUAGCAACACCUAUAGCAACACCUAUACAGACAUGGCAGCAGGACACAACAGCGCUUCAAGUGUGUGUGGAAGGCCGAGACCCAUUACCAGCGGUAUUUCUUAGUCCGAAUAGCGUCCCAGCAUCGCCUCAACAACGCAAACGUCGCGGGUCCCCAGCUGGUCCAUAUAAGUCGCGCAUGAGACGUAGAGUCAAUCACUACACACCGCAACCAACCCUACCACCAGAUAGAGAUGGUUGCGGUCUAUUCGCAGAAAUCAGAAAUGCCCUUCAAGCCAACCUUGAUAUCACACUUGAAGAUACACCACUAGAAGAGAAUCGCUUACCACAAAUUAAUAUCGGAUCCGAUCACCAAGCAGAUAUACCAGAACUGUGUAACGAUCGUAUAGAUCUACACAGAGCCCCGGAACAACUCUUAUGGGAUCCUGGUAUUAACGACGCACUAGAUGACAACGAAGUCCGCAUGUUCAUGGAGCUGGCAAUGUGUGCAGCGAUGCCAGUGGGAGGACAUACAAGGGAGAGUGCUUUACAAACUUUAGGAGAGUGCGGCGGUGACAUCCGCACGGCGACGCUUCGACUCAUGUCUCGACCAGCCGCACCCUCGCAGCAGGAAUCACGCUGGACUCCUGACGAAGUGGAGGCCUUCCUGGCUGGACUUGGGCAGUUCGAUAAAGAUUUCUUUAGGAUUUCACAACUGGUAAGAUCGAAGGACUCAAAACAGUGCGUUCAGUUCUAUUACUUCUGGAAGAAGGUGACAAAAGACUACAAGACUCUAUAUUUACGAAGUUGGGCUAACGAUAUUAUCUACAUUCAGGGUUCCGUAGCCCAGAUUUCGUCUCGAACGACCUCAUGCGCCUCACCAACAACAGCGUACGAAGGCGAGGAGUUUCCGUGCAAAAUAUGCGGAAAAGUAUUUAACAAAGUUAAAAGUCGUAGCGCACACAUGAAGUCGCACCGGCCACUGGACGCCGAGCCCAAACGGCCAAAACUCGAAAAACCUUAUGAAAAGGUCGAGAGAUCUGAGCGACAGCAAAAUACAAAAGCAAACAGCUCAGUAACUGACUGA